UGGAACAGCGACAAAAAAAAAACCCAUCACCAACAGACGGUUUCAAGCUCCCCGCGACGGCAGCAGCCCCUGUUCGGAUCGGCAAUGAGGAUGGAUGUAGCCUGCUAGAAAAAAAAGACACCGGGGCACAGUGAGAGAGAGAGAACACUACUGCUGUGUAGCUAUGGAGAUCGUAAGUGGUCGCUUUCUUUGACAGGUGUCGGAACCGGACUGAAUAAAAGUAUCGAAACCAGCUUCAAGGAUGUACGCCAAGGGGAAAGGUGCUGUUGUGCCCUCAGAUAACCAAGCAAGAGAAAAGUUAGCGCUGUACGUAUAUGAGUACCUGCUGCAUGUAGGAGCACAGAAGUCUGCACAGACCUUCUUGUCGGAGAUACGAUGGGAAAAGAAUAUUACGUUAGGGGAGCCUCCUGGAUUCCUGCACUCGUGGUGGUGUGUAUUCUGGGAUUUGUAUUGCGCUGCGCCAGACAGACGGGAGAACUGCGAACACUCCAGCGAGGCCAAGGCCUUCCAUGAUUACAGUGCGGCAGCAGCCCCCAGUCCUGUGAUGGGGAAUAUGCCUCCUAAUGAUGGUAUGCCAGGAGGACCCAUGCCGCCUGGAUUCUUCCAGGGUCCGCCAGGCUCCCAGCAGUCUCCUCACGCACAGCCCCCCCACGGCAUGGGACCACAUGGACAGCCUUUCAUGUCACCACGGUUUCCAGGUGGACCCCGCCCCUCACUCCGAAUGCCAAAUCAGCCUCCCGGGGGAAUCCCUGGUUCUCAGCCUCUCCUGCCAAACAGCAUGGACCCCACCAGACCACAAGGACAUCCUAAUAUGGGCGGGCCAAUGAGAAUGAACGCUCCAAGAGGAAUGGGGCCCAUGGGUCCACAGAACUACGGAGGUAUGAGACCCCCUCCUAACUCCAUGGGUGGUCCUAUGCCUGGGAUGAACAUGGGACCUGGUGGUAGAGGGCCGUGGCCUGGUCCCAAUGCUAACUCAAUACAAUACUCCUCCUCAUCUCCCGGCCACUAUGUGGGUCCUCCAGGAGGAGGGGGGCCACCCGGAACUCCCAUCAUGCCCAGCCCAGGUGACUCCAACAACUCCAGUGAAAACAUCUACACUAUGAUGAACCCUAUAGGACCAGGAGGAAACAGACCCAACUUCCCUAUGGGCCCGGGGCCUGAUGGACCGAUGGGAGCUAUGGGAGCCAUGGAACCUCACCACAUGAAUGGCUCACUAGGCUCUGGGGACAUGGACGGGUUGCCAAAGAACUCUCCUAACAACAUGGGGGGUAUGAGCAACCCUCCCGGGACGCCGCGGGACGAUGGGGAGAUGGGUGGAAACUUCCUCAACCCAUUCCAAAGUGAAAGUGCUUCUAGGACAGCCCUGGGGCAUGCUGGGCCUCUAGUGAAGGCGGAGCUUCCCGACGCUGUCUGUGGCAUAGACAGGAAACAGAGACACAGGAAGUCCCUACUCUCUAACCCCGCCCCCUGCCUCUCUGACUUCUUGUCAGGCUCUGGACAAUGAGAGAGGGGAUGAUGGAGAGACUGGAUAACAUGGACACCCUUCAGGACACAGCAUGGUAGGGUUCUGUCAGUAACUGUCUGGAAGCUCGACAAACAUUUACAUUGGCAUUCGCUUUUAUUUUGAUGUUUUUAUGUGUUUCUAAUGGAUACAGGGGCGGAACAGGAUCUCGAAUGAUCCCCUUUUCCCUAUGUAGUGGAACAGGAUCUCGAAUGAUCCCCUUUUCCCUAUGUAGUGCACUACUUUAGAGGAAUAGGGUGUCAUUUGGGACCUAGACAUGGAAGUGUCGUCCCCCCACCCCCCGUUCACUCUGUAUACAUUUAAAAAACACAAGUGUUGUGAUGUUUUCCAUUACUCUGUAUGUAAUGUAUUAUUGCUAUUCUUUUAUAAUAUUUUAUUGUUCUGAUUAAUAAUAUUGUUAUGAUGAUUCUGGUUAUUUUAAAAUGUAGGAUUUAAUUUCUGGAGUUUUUGAUGACCUCUUCGUUAGUAACUUCACAGGAUGGUGAACCUUCGCUAGUCUCCUUAAGGAAAAUCCCACAGGAUAUACACGAUCUACUGCCCCCUCUUUGCCCAGUCAGAGGGCAGCACCUUGGUCCAUCAUGGUACUUUAAAUUGUAACUCUCAUAGUAAUGUCCCUCUCCAUCCCCCUGAGAAGGUGUAUUCUCUGUAGUAGACUAAGUGACCCUGAACAUGCAGAGGAUGCACAGUUGUAUUUAUUUGUUUAAUUUUCCAUUGAGACAGACUUAUUGUCAACCUGUUCUGUCUGCACACUCUGGAAACACUCUGCACCAAUCAGCAUCCAUCUCCUAGAGGAAGACAUCUUGGAAGUGUCUGGUUUUUGUUUUGAUUGUAUUUUUUACCCAGAGGGCAGUUCUGACCUUCUGUGAAAUUAUUCUGAUUGGAUGCUUAAAGGACUCUUGUAACAGAGCUGAGCCAAUCAGUAGGCGGUUUGGCAGUUGCCAUGGUAACUGCCUGUUAAGAUCCCCCAAAAGGACAACAUUUGUCCUUACACACACAACCAACCAGUCGGCCUACCUACGCCACCCCCCUCCCCAACCAACCAGUCGGCCUACCUACGCCACCCCCCUCCCCAACCAACCAGUCGGCCUACCUACGCCACCCCCCUCCCCAACCAACCAGUCGGCCUACCUACGCCACCCCCCCCCCCCCCAACCAACCAGUCGGCCUACCUACGCCACCCCCCUCCCCAACCACCGCUCUCUCUCUCCCUUUGUGACGUCUCCGUCUGUCUUUUGGUUUGUUGUAAAUACUGUAAAGGGAAUUUUGAUAUCAUGACAUGUUUUGAUAUUUCCGUCACAACCGAUGACUGAUGAGAAAUGAGUUGAUUCAGACCAACUGGGUAUGAAAAGAGACGGUGUGUGUUUUUACAGUACCUCACUGUUUAUCUCUGACACAACUAGGGCCAGGAGCAACCCUCUAUAUUGGAUCAUUACUUAGGGAGCUACAACUAACGUUAGAGUCCAGAGUGUUUCCUGACCAGGUCAAGCUGUUAGGGAAAUCUCCUGUCCCUAGUAACGAUAGAUGAAAAGAAAAUAAGGUUUUCUAUUAAGGAUUUGUUUUGUGUAUUUGAAUUGAGAAAGGAUGUAAAAACGCAGGUUCUUAAUGAGAUGCAGAGUGUUAAGGAGGGGGCUUCUGGUGUAGUUUGAGAUACUGCUGUAUAGGUUCAACUCUGAACCAUAUUCACUAAGGGCAAUUCUGAAAUGCACCCAAUUCCCUAUAUAUAGUGCCCUACUGAAGCCAAAAGUAGUGCACUACAUAGGGAAUAGGGUGCCAUUUAGGAUGUGCCCUAGUUGGCACCAGUGCAAAGUGUUUCUGUUAUUGUUGGAAGAGGAUAAUUCUAGGAAAACAAACCGUGAAACUGUUUCUGUUUCUAAAAUGUGAGAUAUAUUUACUUACCAUAACUAGGGCUAUGACUUUUUAUGUGCCCUUGUCAGUGGAGGCUGCUGAGGGGAGGAUGGCUCAUAAUGUCUGGAAUGGAGCGUGGAACCACCACGUUUGAUCUGUCUGAUAACAUCUCACUGAUUCUGCUCCAGCCAUUACCACAAGCCUGCCGUCCCCAAUUAAGGUGUCCCACUGACCUCCUGUGGUCCUUGUCUUUUCAUGUGCUCAGGAAAAACUCACGGCCCUACUCAUGACCUUCAUUUGACCUUUCUGCUUUGCCCAUACCGAUCGAGGACUCCUUUAUAUAUGUGACAGCAUGGGCAGUACCAUUGUGGCUACAACCCAUAAGAAUCCCCAUCCAGUUGCCUACAUUAAGAUGGUGGAAGCCCUAAAUGGUGCUGCCCACACUAACACAGCAUUUUGGCCACUAUAGGCCUCUAUCAUUCUCUAUGGCGCUACCUUUUUCAAGUUGUGUUCCCUGACCAUGUGACCUGUUCAGGCAAACCUCCUGGCCCUAGUUUGUCCCUUCUGAUCAUGAGGUGUCAAACUCUGCACCGGUGCAAACGCCUCUCCUGUAUGUAAAAUCAACGUUGUCACAUUGUUGGUCAUUUCUGUGUUUCUAUGGUGAUGUGUAAUACUGUUUCAUUCUGGGAGGGUUGAAAGGAGGGGGGGACGGAGGGUAAGGAAACAUGUUUCUGUUCCUUGGGGUGUAUCCAUCUCGAAAGUCUAAAGGAGAGUCUUCUCCUCUCCUUUCACCUGCACUGAUGUGAAAGAAGAGAUGACGUGAGGAGAGGAAGCCACUUUGGACUGAGAUGCAGACCAUGUUUUUCUCUGGUGACAAAGCAGUAUUGAAGACGAGGCAGUCUGUUUCCCGGUGCCAGUAUUUCAGAACAUUUAGUCCAUUACAAUGAUCCUGUGUUUUUAAAUUCUGUUAACCCCUUUUUGGAUUGGGUGCCUCGUUGAUUUGAAGAUCCAACUGAAAGAGAAAACUGACCGAUCUCUUGCAGUGCUGUGUAUAUAAAUGAUUCCAUUUGUUUGGAACAUUGCUAUAUUCAGGUUCUUUUCAAAAGCAGGGGGACCAUAAUCUAAGGGGACAACACGGUAUCAUGCCAAUCUGGAUGAAACAUUGUGAGGAACUGCCUCCUGGGUUUGCUUUGUAUUUCCCGAUAGGCUAGUUUCCGCUCCUAAAUGUCUAGUGUAGUAAUAAAACGUUUCCUAUUUGUACGUUUUAUGUUGUAAUAACGUUUCUUUAGAGACUGAUUAAAAAGUUGAUUAUUGAGAAAAAGGUGGGAAGUCUUGCAUCAAUAAAUGUAAUUUGUUUUAGGUUUUUCAUCGAGUCAUCUGUUUUUUUUUUCUGUGUCCCUCUCGUUGUAGAUACAUCAAAAUAAAACUACUUCACUGCUUUU